CCGUUGCAUGUGUAUGUGUGUGUAUUUUUUUAGAGUUGUUUCUAAGAUGGCGACGAAAAAAACGCGUCUUAUGUGAAUGCAAAUGCUGCAAUCAUAACAACUUUAAUUUUAUGCCAAUAAAUGUGCGCUAAUUUGACACAAAGCUAUUGAAAAACAGUGCUGAACAAGUGCAGAAUAUUUUACAUGUGAAAUUUGGUGCGAAAGUUUUGUGAAAAUGGCCACAAAUAUGUAUCGAGUCGGAGACUACGUGUACGUGGAGACAGCGCCGAAUAGUCCCUUCCUGAUACGUCGCAUCGAGGAGUUGAAUAAAAACCAAACAGGCAAUGUGGAAGCAAAGGUCAUGUGUUUCUACCGGCGUCGUGAUCUGCCCAACCCGCUCGUACAGCUGGCGGAUAAGCACCAACUGGCAACCGCUGAGGAUUCACCGCUGGCAACUAAACUGAAGAAAACCUGGCUUCGAACACCCGUGGGAGAGGAGCAGGCGGCGCAAGCUGUGCUCGAUCCUUCAAUAGCUGCACUCGAAGAGGAACGCUCCAGCCCAACGCAAGCAUCAGCCGGCGCCACUACAGGCAAUUCCAGCACCAAUAACACUAACAAUAAUAGCGUAGCAAGCGGCGGUGCUGCUGGUGGCGAUGGGGAAAAGAGCGAAGCGCUAACCAGCAAACAGCGAUACCAGAUCAAGCAUCGAGAAUUAUUUUUAUCGCGACAAGUUGAGACGAUACCCGCCACACAGAUCCGAGGAAAGUGCUCCGUCACGCUACUCAACGAGACGGAGUCAUUACAAAGUUAUCUCAAUAAAGACGAUACAUUCUUUUAUUGUUUGGUCUUCGAUCCGAAUCAAAAAACAUUGCUCGCUGACAAGGGUGAGAUACGUGUCGGCAGUCGCUAUCAGUGUGAUAUACCCGCCAAGCUAAAAGACACCGCCACAGAUGAACGCAAGCUUGAGGAGCUCGAAUCAUUGGUGUGGACGCCAGAGCACAGUUUGACCGAUCGUAAGAUCGAUCAGUUUCUCGUUGUCUCACGUUCCAUCGGCACCUUUGCCCGCGCCCUUGACUGCAGCAGUUCGGUGAAGCAACCUUCGUUGCACAUGUCUGCAGCAGCCGCCAGUCGAGACAUAACCCUGUUUCACGCUAUGGACAUUCUGCACAAGCACGAAUAUUCUAUUGAGGAGGCCAUGUCUUCACUAGUUCCUUCCACUGGGCCAGUACUCUGUCGCGAUGAAAUCGAAGAUUGGAGCGCAUCAGAAGCAAAUCUCUUUGAGGAAGCGCUCGAUAAAUAUGGCAAGGACUUCAAUGACAUACGACAAGAUUUCCUGCCAUGGAAAACGCUAAAACAGAUCAUUGAAUACUACUAUAUGUGGAAGACCACCGAUCGAUAUGUGCAGCAGAAACGCGUCAAGGCUGUCGAGGCGGAACUCAAGCUCAAACAGGUUUACAUACCCCAAUAUAAUAAUAAUGGUAAAGGCAAUGGUGCCAACGUGAAGGCGGGAAGUGGCGGUGGCCAAGGUGGUAUCUAUAAUGGCACUACCAAUGGUGGCGCAGACUUGUCCAACAAUGGCAAACCGUGUGAAUCAUGCGGGACAACAAAAUCAUCACAGUGGAACUCCUUUAGCAAUGGCCACUUGGCGUGUCGUCUUUGCCAAACAUGUUGGGACUAUUGGCGAAAGUAUGGCAGUAUGAAAUCGGCACACAAAGGCGAUGCCAACGAUGGGGAGGCUAAGAAAAAAACAGCUAUCACUGCAACACCAGCAGCAGCGUUAGCAUCGACAGGCGCCACAACCGUGGUAGAUCUUAACGAUGAUGAAAAAGUCAGUGAUCUAAGUAAUCGUCAAUUGCACAGAUGUUCUAUUGUGAACUGUGGCAAGGAGUUUAAGCUAAAGACGCACCUGGCACGUCAUUAUGCGCAAGCGCACGGCAUUGCCAUUAGCUCCGGCUCGCCACGACCAAUAAUGAAGACGCGCACUGCCUUCUACUUGCACACAAAUCCAAUGACGCGUGUAGCUCGCAUUGUUUGUCGAAGCAUUGUUAAACCGAAGAAGGCGGCGCGACAAAGUGCAUAUGCAAUCAAUGCGCUGUUGGUCAAGCAGGAAUUUACGAAUCGUAUUAGUGGCAAAUCGCAAGCGGAAAUCAAAAAGAUGCUUUUGCUCAAGCCCAAGGAUCGUGGCAGCGUCACAAAAAUUGCAAAUCGUUUGGGUGCACCUGGCAGUGGUCCUCACGAAUGGUUGGUGCUAACACCCAAGGAUAAAAUGCCGCAGCCCGUUGUUGUUUCAUUCCCAAAGCCGCCCAAAGCUCCAGACGGCAGCUUAGUCUACGAACGAGUACCCAACAAAACACCAGAUGUUGUCGCAGUGCCUGUUGCGCCUGACAACAAAGAACUAUCCAUAAUUCCAGCGCAAGCAACGUCUACGAUACGCAAGCGUGCCCACGAGGAACAACAACUUAAUGGUACCGAAGUAACCAUUGUGCCCAGCGGACCACCUGCCAAACGGCCAAACAAGGAUCCAAUGCCCUCGCACUGCCCCAGUCCGGAACAAUUUGCUGCAAUGAUGGCGGCAUCAGGACAGCCGCUCUCGAGACAUCACCUUAACGGAAAACAAAAGAUCGCGCAAAUGGCACGCGGUGGCAACGGACGCAAGCAGGUCAUUAGUUGGAUGGAUGCACCGGACGAUGUUUACUUUAGAGCCACAGAUGUACACAAAAAAACACGAAAAAUACUCUCAGCUGUGGACCUGCGUCGUGCAGCGCGCAAACCAUGGCGCUCACUGCCCAUCAAGUCAAUGGCCCCAGAGCCGAGCAGCAAACCUAUUGAAUCACAAAUCGUUAUACUGGACUGACCGUCGACGGCCGAAACAUCAGCGAAAAUAAGCGCAGCAGCAGCGGCAAAGUUGCUGUCAUAUUCAGCCAACAGAUUCGAACAGCAUCAGCAGCAUCCGCCAUUUCCAUAUACAAUGGAUGCAUUGCUAAACUAGUGACCCAGAUUCUGUCUUUUAGUGGCUUGCCAUGUACAUACAAA